AUGAGGAAGAAGGAGGGAGGGGAAAGUGAAAAUCCUGCAUCAAGAGAAAUUCCCAUUCGAGCCACAGGUCGGAGCAGCGGUGCACCCCGUGAUGAAAAACAGCUUGCCGGUGAGGGUGAUGAUAUCCGCCUGAACUUCGGCGCGGUCCUCAUUGCGGCAGCCUCGUCUGCCGGAUCUGGCGCUACUGUUUCCGCUGACGGUGUAGCAAAGCUGCUGGACGAGUUGGCUCGCGCCUCAUCGCGGACGGACUGCGCCAGCGACGCGGCCCGGGCUGACGUGCUCGAUGUGGAUGUGCUCAUCUUGGACGCUGUUGAGCGCGUCUUGUCUGGGUAUAGCGAGCUGGUCGUGCCCCCUGCCGCAACCAGAGGAGAGGCAUUUGCGUCAGAGAUGGAGCGUGCCUCGCUGGCAAAUCUUCGUAGUGUCGCUGCGGCAUUAUCACAUCGGCCACCGUUCUCCGGGCCCGUGCUUGCCGCUCUCUUCCAGCUUACAAUCCUAGUGGUGAAGCACGCACCGCCGACGGCCCUUGACGAGGCAGGGUGCCCUGUUCUCGUUUCCCUGCUGGAGCUCCUUGGGUGCCUGCCGCGUUGUGCCGUGACUGGCGGGGCGCCGAGUAUUCUGCGAGUGGUCCGCAUCACGGCGCGGAAUGUGAUGCGUCGUGUUGGCCCUCGUCUCUUUCCUGUGGAUGCCCCGGCGCCUCAGCAGAGCGGCAUAGGGAUGAUGGCGAUGCCUGAGGAAGUCGACCGCAGUCUGAUCCCGUGGGUGGAGCGGCACCUCCUACCACUACGCGUUGUUAGUGGCGUGGGUGCGCAGACAGAGCUCAAGGAGGACCGGCGGCUCGCGCUGUUACUGCUUGACUUCAUGCUUCACGGGGACGCGCGCAGCAUUGGGCCCACCUUUCUUGUCACAGUACAGUAUCUCGCCGAUGCUGUGGUCUCGCUCCUCGAGGCAGAGGAGGGCGGUAUAGACGGUCACGAGAGAGAGAUAGCGCUCGCCUUUCUGCAGCGGGUCGACCGCGUGUUUUCCGCUGAGGCAGCACAGCCCAUGCGUGCGGGUGGCGUCCCAUUUGUCCACUCCCAGGCCCCGGUUCCAGCACAAGCUGUUUCUGAGUUUCUCCUCACCAAGGACGCGGCAUACCUGCGAGAAUUCGCCCAGUUGCGUCGCUUUAUUGAGGAAGAGCGCGGCACACAGGCCGUCCUACGUCACCACUUGGGGGAACUCGCUCAGGAGUGCGAGGAAGUUCGGGAUGGUAUGAGACAGAAUCUUCUUAACACACUGACGCUGUGCAAGAUGGAAUCAGCAAGUCUCUCAUUGACGAAAGAGGUCUACUCGGCCGACACACUACAGGAAGGGGCUUCUUCUCCAGCUGCGGCGUGGGUGGACGGCAUGAUGAGUCGCCUUCAGCCGGUGGAGGAGCUUGUUGUCAGUCUGUGCGAGGAGGAGCGGGAGCACCCAACUUCAACCUGA